UGCCACCGCCUGGCCUGGGCUGUCGUCGCCGCCAUCGCUAUCGCCAUGCCGAUUAACAAGCCUGAGAAGCUGGACAAGCCGGAAAGCUCCGACAAUGUCAAGGUGGUUGUUCGCUGCCGGCCUCUCAAUGACCGGGAGAAAGCUGUGGGCUACAAAAUGGCAGUGAAUGUGGAUGAGAUGAGGGGAACUAUAACUGUUCAUAAAACAGACUCAUCCAAUGAGCCUCCUAAGACAUUCACAUUUGACACAGUGUUUGGACCAGAGAGCAAACAGCUGGAUGUCUACAAUUUAACAGCAAGACCUAUUAUAGAUUCUGUCCUAGAAGGAUACAAUGGUACUAUUUUUGCAUAUGGGCAGACUGGAACAGGCAAAACCUUCACCAUGGAAGGGGUCCGAGCAGUUCCUGAGCUCAGAGGCAUCAUUCCCAAUUCCUUUGCCCAUAUAUUUGGUCACAUUGCCAAGGCAGAGGGGGAUACAAGGUUUUUAGUUCGCGUCUCUUACCUGGAAAUUUACAAUGAGGAGGUGCGGGACCUGCUGGGAAAGGACCAGACACAGAGGUUAGAGGUGAAAGAGAGACCUGAUGUGGGAGUUUAUAUCAAAGACCUUUCAGCUUAUGUUGUAAACAAUGCAGAUGAUAUGGACAGAAUCAUGACUCUGGGCCACAAGAACCGUUCUGUUGGUGCCACAAACAUGAAUGAGCACAGCUCUCGCUCGCAUGCCAUCUUCACUAUCACCAUUGAGUGCAGUGAGAAGGGGGUAGAUGGGAACAUGCAUGUGCGCAUGGGCAAGCUGCAUCUCGUUGACCUUGCUGGUUCUGAAAGACAGACAAAAACUGGAGCCACAGGGCAGAGACUGAAGGAAGCCACUAAGAUCAACCUCUCUCUCUCCACACUGGGCAAUGUUAUCUCUGCACUGGUGGAUGGCAAGAGCACCCACGUGCCCUACCGUAACUCCAAACUCACACGGCUGCUGCAGGACUCCCUGGGGGGCAACUCCAAAACCAUGAUGUGUGCAAACAUCGGACCAGCAGACUACAACUACGAUGAGACCAUCAGCACUCUCAGGUAUGCAAACAGAGCUAAGAACAUAAAGAACAAGGCCAGGAUUAAUGAGGAUCCCAAGGAUGCUAUGCUCCGCCAGUUCCAAAAAGAAAUUGAAGAGCUUAAGAAAAAACUGGAAGAAGGGGAAGAGAUCUCUGGUUCUGAAACCAGCGAUUCUGAAGAGGAGGAUGAAGAUGGGGAGAUUGGAGAGGAGAAGCGGAAGAAACGGCGGGAUCAAGCAGGCAAAAAGAAAGUUUCCCCUGAUAAGAUGGUAGAGAUGCAAGCAAAGAUUGAAGAGGAGAGAAAAGCUCUUGAAACUAAGCUUGAUAUGGAAGAAGAAGAAAGAAAUAAAGCCAGAGCUGAACUGGAGAAGAGAGAAAAAGACUUGCUCAAAGCUCAGCAAGAGCACCAGUCCCUGUUGGAGAAACUGUCUGCAUUAGAGAAAAAGGUGAUUGUGGGAGGAGUGGACUUGCUGGCAAAAGCAGAGGAGCAAGAGAAGCUUCUAGAAGAAUCAAACAUGGAACUCGAAGAACGAAGGAAGAGAGCAGAGCAGCUUCGCAAGGAGCUCGAGGAGAAAGAGCAAGAACGCCUCGACAUCGAGGAAAAAUACACCAACCUCCAGGAGGAAGCACAGGGGAAAACCAAAAAACUGAAGAAAGUUUGGACCAUGCUUAUGGCUGCAAAGUCAGAGAUGGCAGAUCUACAACAAGAACAUCAGAGAGAGAUUGAAGGGCUGCUUGAAAACAUUCGGCAGCUGAGCAGGGAGCUUCGUCUUCAGAUUCUUAUCAUAGACAACUUCAUUCCUCAGGACUACCAGGAAAUGAUUGAGAACUACGUUCACUGGAAUGAAGACAUAGGAGAGUGGCAGCUGAAAUGUGUUGCAUAUACAGGAAACAAUAUGAGGAAACAGACGCCUGUCCUGGAUAAAAAAGAGAAAGAUCCCUUUGAAGUGGACCUUUCCCAUGUUUACUUAGCUUACACUGAAGAAAGCUUGAGGCAGUCUCUGAUGAAGCUGGAGAGGCCAAGGACUUCAAAAGGAAGAUCCAGGCCCAAGACUGGUAGAAGAAAACGUUCGGCCAAGCCAGGAGCUGUCAUUGAUUCCCUGCUGCAGUAGUGUCACCUGGUCAGAAUUCUUGUAAAAAUCAGUGAGUGUAUAAGGUUUGGCCAGAAUAUGGAAUUCAAGAUGGUACAGAAUGACGUAGCUGUAAUUUUUUAUAUUUUUCCUUAGUUGCCUGUAUAUUGUAUGUUAUAUUAACAUAAUAUUAAACUGGUAUAUAUGAUUGAUGGUUGUAAAAUUUCGUGUAUUAAAUGUGUUGUGCAGGGAAACUUGUUGGUAAUCCUUGUUGAAAUGUAUAGAAAAUAGGGUUCUAGAUAUGUGUUUAAGUGCUAGAUGUGUUAGUUCAAAACAGUUAAUGAAAUCCUGAAAUUAAGGCUGAUAAAUCUGACUUAUGCCCUGCUUUGCACAUAAUUGGCAGCUUUCACUGUUGUCCUCUGUUGCACUGAUCUGUGUUUGAAUGUAGUUGCUGCAAACCUUUAAUAAUAUCAGAUCUUUUUAUUUAAAAGUCCUGACUGUGGCUGUUAACCCGGUUGUGUUGUGUGUCAAAUACAGAGUCCUUUUCCCUUUUUGCUGUCUUGCUGUACAGGGAAAGUAGCUGGGUAGGAGAAACAUGAACCACAAAAAUCCUGAGAUUCCUGAAAAGGGACCACGCUCUGUUUAAGUGCAGCAGAAAUCAAGGAUGUCUAAUAGUUCUUUUAUUUGUAUCAGUUUGUUUGUGAUCUGCUAGCACUGUGGAGAAUGAGACCUUGGAUAUUAAGGGAAAAGAGAGCUUUUUUCCUUCUUUUAAGACUGUGUUACUUUGGCAGCUUUUUAUGCUUCAGGGCUAGCAUUUUUGUGUGAGUAGUUUUGUAAUCUGAACUGAUUUAGCUGACAUGAUUUAAGGAGGAUGCUAUAACACCAAGACUUGGUCUCAGCUGUGAGGCGGUGAGCACUGUGGCUCUGUUUCCUUAUCCCUGGCUACAAGGCACUGGGCCACUGCUCUACACUAAGGAUGAAUUUGACUCUCCUUUAGUAAAACAGUAUGAAUUGCCCAGUUUUCCCAGAACAAUAUCCCCUGACAUAGCUGGUGCUGUCUCUGUGUUCCUGUGUAUGCUGUGUGCAUCUCUGGAUAUACUCUGAUGAGAGGAAAAAUUUUUGGUCUCUGAUAACAGCCUUUUAUUUGUGAUGGCUGCUCUUUUUAUUUGAUAUUUAUGCUGCUAAUAGACACAUAUCAGUUUAAUAUGUUGCUUUUGUGUCACAGAGAAAAUGCAUCUCCUUCAGACUAUGUGUGUUUUAUAACUCAUUGCAUCAGCUGUGGGUAUCUCAGCAACUCCUGUGCCGUGGUGCAGAGAUGAGCUGUGACCUCAUCUUAGUGCUACUGUUACCUGAAGGAUUAAAAUCUGUGAUUACUGACAGGAGAAAUGGAGUCCUUCACUGUGACAGAAAACAAGACAGCUCCUCAGGUGUCCUGAGUCCUUGCUAGUAGCCACAUCUACUUUUACCAGAAUGUUUCUGUGAAGUACUUAAAGAAGUUAAAUGCCCUUUCUUCCUGUCAUAAUGGUUAUCUGAAGGUACCUUGGAGUUUGUAACAGGUCUGUGACAGGAUUUGUAAUAGUUAAAACUGGUCUUGUAAGGACAUAUUUUGCUCUGAAGGAUAUAUUCAGUGCUUUUCUAAACAAGUUGUAAGCUUUUUCCUGGUGUUACUAAUAUAUAUUUUUUCAAUAUCAUGACCUGGAAGAACAUGCUGCCCUCUCUAUUGGGGAGAGUGUCACCUAAAUUCGUACAACACAGAUAUAAACACUGACAUUUGCUUUUUCUAGCCUUUCAUUUAGAGUUAAAUGCUCAGAAACUUUCAUGAUUGAAUCCGUAGUUGGUUUUGCUUGUGAAGAGCUGACCUCAUUUGAAAUGUGCUUGAAUAGAGCUGGAUUAUCUUACUAUAUACUUCUCAUCAAAAAAUACAGACUGAAAAUUGCUUAAAUGCUGCUUAAUGUCUUUCAGUUCUGAGUCCAAGCAGAUAGAUGCAUAGCUGUGGCCUGUACUAAUUCUCAGAACCAGGGAUAACUUCCGUUUCCUUUUUGUGUUAUAUCUUGUGUUAACAUUUAUUGAAUGAUCUGGUUUUAUGGGGGUUAAACCAGAUCCGUGCUUUCAAAAAGACCAUUGAAAAUCCUUUUACUUGACAGGUAUCAGUCACUUCAAGAUACUGUUGCAAAACAUGACACUCCAUUUCAAAUAUUUAAAUAUUUAAAAUACUUAAAACCUAAAGGCAUGUGAUUUACAAUUAACAUAAAAGUCCUGCUGCUGAAAACCGUUGUACUCUGCAUGUUAGGGUGAGCCUUGGAGCAGAGGAAAACAAUAAUUGUUAGCACACCUUUAAUUGGCAGUGGAGAAACCAGUCGUCUACUGUUACAGAGGCAUGGAGGAUAAAUUACUUGCUCUAUAAGAGGACUUUAUCUAAAAUUGAACACUCUCAUGCUUCAUGUGCUGUAUCAGUUUGGCUCACCUAUCAAGUGGUGUGGUUUUUUUAAGUUUUGAGAAGUUUCUUGUAAGACCAGGGAAUUUGGCUUGUAGAUUUACCACAUGGACCCUCUCUAUAGUCCUGCCCAUCUGUGAAUGUCUAAUGGGCCCAUAAUGUGUUUUAAUAAAGAUUUUAUUUAUAUGGACUUUUAAGAGCUUAAUACAACUUUUCUUGUUGCAGGUCAGUAUUUAUCAAAACUCAUAUUACCUAACAUACACUGUGUGGGCUCAUCUGUGCAUCUUGCUAACAGAAGAUUCUCCUCAUUCCAGAGCAGUGACAAUGAGAUUUUUGCUUAAUGUUGUGUAAAUGAAUUAAUUAAUGUUUAACUUGUUCGUAAUCCUUUAAGAGGGAUUGGUCCUUUAAUUGGUCCUUAGUGCCUUUCACUGACUACGGUGUCUUCACCUGUCCAGCUUUCACCGUUCUCCACAGCUCUGCUUAGCCAGGCCUGUACAGAAGGAAAAACUGCUAGUCUGUAUAAUUUUUCUGUUAAUUGUUUUUUUAGUCUGUUUAUUUCUGACUAUUUCUUGUUUUAUUAAAGUUAAUUAAUUAUACUGUAUAUAUCAAUACUGUGUCCCUGGAGCAUGUUCAUACUAUGAAAUAAAAUUCUUGAUUCCUAAUUCCA